UCCUUGUAUAUUCUUUAAAUAAGUACUUAAGAUAAAAUAGUUUAGGAACACAGGUAUUUCAAGUCUAAUAGUUCUUCAGAGACAUCAGAAUUGAGAACCAAGAAACAAUGGCUACUGUGUACGUCUUGUUUCUGCUUGUUUCACUGCUAUCGAGAACCGAAGGUCAAAGCUGUGAUUAUAAAGGAACACUGUCAGGCCACACAACUUUAACCAAAGCGCUCCUAACCAGCUGCCCACGUGAUACGACUUAUAUAGACAUUUCGUACAAUGACUUUACAACAGUUUCAGUCGAUGCUUUUGAUGGCUUUUAUGCUUUGGCGAAGAUAAACAUUACCAAUAAUAAGAUAACUGAAUUACCUGUUGGUCUUUUUGAUCAGUCGUUUAAAGCAUCUCUAACAGAGCUUUAUGGUAGCGAUAAUAUAAUUGAGUCGUUAAAGAAUGACGUGUUCGAGAACAAUUUCAAUCUUAGAAUCCUUGAUCUAAGUAAUAAUAUGUUAAAUUUCAUAGACACCAACGUCUUCCAUAAGGAUCUCUCAAAACUAGAACUGGUUAAUAUAUCGUACAACCAGAUGACAUACUUUGAACCAUGGCCAUACAUACCAGAAACACCUCAAACCGAUGACAUUGACUUAGUGUUUGACAUUCAACACAACUUGAUUGAAAAAUUUACAAACACAAUGAACUGGACAUACAACCUUGUUGAGCCAUACGAGUAUUUGGUGAAUCUACAGUUCAAUAAGGUUUCUGAAAUGUCUGAUGACGUCAUUUUUAUGUACCGAGAUAAGGUUGAAGAUCAAAGUGUACUCACGGAAUUACUAACAUACAAUGUCAACAUAACAAACAAUCCAUACUUCUGCAAUUGUAAAUUGUAUGAAUUAGUUAGAGAUCUGCAUUCUUCGUUCUUUCUUUACUACAGAGUGGAAGAGUACCGGUACCGAUGUGCUUCACCUCCUCAUUUGGCAAAUGUCGAUUUGUUGCACGAUUUGGAUCUCGAUCAGUUUGUUUGUAAUAUAACAGACAAUUGUCCUUUAAACUGCACAUGCCAAGAGAAACCAUAUAUAUCGACACUCGAAAUGAACUGCACGAAUGCAAACCUUCGCGAACUACCUCAAACUCUCCCGCCAAUGUCAGAUAAUAUCCAGUACGUUUCGCUAUAUCUUUCUGGAAACCGCAUUACUGAAAUUACAAAACGAAACUACAGUAACAUUAUUUAUAAUUUGACAGUUUCAAAUAAUUAUAUUAACUAUAUCGAUGGAGAAGCUUUGAAGGAAAUGGUUAAUCUUAACAACUUAGACAUUUCUGGAAAUGCUUUAAAAUUCGUACCAAAAGAAAUACAAAAACUAUCUUUUCACAAAGUCAAAGUUCGUGGAAAUCCCUUCCAAUGCGAAUGUAAUAUGACAUGGAUGGCAGAUUGGAUCGCAUUGUCAAAUGGAGCUGAUGAGUCUUCUAUCACGUGUUCCUCUGAUGAGAAGACACACGUCAUCAAAGAUGUAACAGAAAAGGGUCUGGGUUGCAACAUAUCAGACUUUGUCAUCAUAUUCAGUGUGAUAAUGACUGUUGUUGUUGGAGUUAUCAUAGGUGGUAUUAUAACGGCAAGACGAUGUCCAUAUGAAACUAAAGUGUUGAUUUACCGUUUCUUCAAAAUCAAACCAGAUGGUAAAUACAAGAUUGAUGAAGAUAUAACAAUGCAUUACGAUGCGUACUUAAGUUAUGACGGAGAGGAUAUCCAAGUUAGACAAUGGAUCAGAACUAUUUUUAUGAAAAAACUUGAGGAAAACGGAAAAAAGAAAUACAAAUUCUUCUGUCCUCUACGUGAUGCCCUUGCUGGGGAUGAUUAUGGUCCAACCCUUGUUCAGGAAAUGACACAAUCCCGCCGUAUUUUUGUUUUAUUAUCUCCUGGAUAUUUUACAGACACAUGGAGAAUCUUUGAGUCAGAUCAGGCAGAAAUGGAACAUAAUGCUAGUAGUGAGAAUCAUCCACGUGUGGUAUAUAUUAUCUGGCAUGAUGAAAAUGAAGUCAUAAAACAAAAUCUCCAAAAAGAACCAUGGAAAUCAAGACUUAUAGGUAAACGUGUAUUAUCACCUGACAAAAGAUUUUUCUGGUCCAAAAUUCGUUAUGAACUGCCAAUUAAGCCAAGAAGCAAAAUAAAUCGUGUUAAUAACAGCUACACUGAUAUUCAAGAGGCAGAAAGAGACGAACGACAACAAAACAAUGACAUAAAAGUGAUAUGUAAAAAAGACUUCAUACCACUCGCUAAUAGACCUCAAUCAGCAGCAAUCGGUGGUGUAAGUCAUGAUAAUUUGUAUUUAGAGGCUAUAGAGUUAUAAUGUUGGAACUUAAUCAAACACAUUCUGUUAUAAAAGUGCAAUGUAUUGUAAAAGUAUUAUGAUAAUUAGGUCUAGUAGAAGUAUAGACAUUGAUUUUGUAUUAGCGCGUCAUGUUGAAGCUGCAAUCUACGGCAGCUCAAAGUGAUCUAUUCAUAUGCAAAGGGCAUUCAUUAAAAUAUGUUGAUUUUUA